AUGGCUGGAACCCUCAUGCCGGGCAGCAGGAGGAGGAGCGGGCCCCCGGCGCCUGGUCCUGGGCCACCGCCUGGCGCCGGGCACCCCCCGAACAAGCGGGCCCGGGGCUUUCCUGCCGCCGCCCCGGAGACCGAAGAUCCAUUCGGCGAGCAUGGGGAUUUCACCGCCGACGACCUGGAAGAGCUCGACAUCCUUGCGUCACAGGCCCUGAGCCAAUGCCCGGCCACGACUCGGGACGCCUUCAGUGUUCAUAAGGUCCCCAGAAUAGACGAUAUGUCAAAAAAUAAAAAUCCUGCAGGAAAAAUCAAAGAAAGUGUGCCAGUUAAAGAUAAUUUUGAAUUAGAGGUACUUCAGGCACAAUACAAAGAACUUAAAGAAAAGCUGAAAGCAAUGGAAGAAGAUGCCCUCAUUAAAAAUGGAGAGAUUAAAAUUUUGCGAGACUCAUUGCAUCAAACAGAAUCCAUUAUAGAGGAACAGAAGAGAUCGCAUUUCCUUCUUGAGCAAGAAAAAGCUCAAGCACUGAAUGAGAAAGAAAAGGAAUUCUCCAAAAAGCUCCAGUCAUUGCAGUCAGAACUCCAGUUUAAAGAUGCAGAGAUGAAUGAAUUAAGAACGAAGCUUCAAAGCAGUGAACGUGCAAAUAAACUGGCUGCUCCCACCAUUCCCUACAUCAGUCCUAGGAAAUGUCCAUCCAUGGUUAUAAAGCCAGAAGCAUGCUCUCCACAGUUUGGAAAAACAUCUUUCCCUACAAAGGAGUCUUUUAGUGCUAAUAUGUCCCUUCCUCAUCCUUGCCAGACAGAGCCAGGGUCCAAGUCUCUGGUGGGCAGAGAGGUUCCAGAAAAUAAGACCCAUAGUCUGGGAGGUGAAUCCCUAAAUCAAGAGGCCCAGAAAAUCCAUGUUGACAGCUGGAUGCAGAGAUCAGACACUCAAGGUUCCAUUUUGAUAAACCUGCUUCUGAAGCAACCUCUGAUCCCAGGGUCAUCACUAGGUCUAUGCCACCUCCUGAGCAGUUCUGAGGCUCCUACUGGCACUCUUUUACAGCCACCAGGGUUUGGCAGUAUCUUGGCUGGGAUUUCAGGCCUCAGGACCACAGGUUUGCACGAGGGGUCAUUUUCCUUCUCAGCCCUGAGAGAAGCACAAAACCUGGCAUUCACUGGACUAAAUCUGGUUGCCAGGAGUGAAGGUUCAUGCGACCUAGACCCAGCAGAGGGAGGCAGAAAGACCUUUCCACUCUGCCUGCUUCCUGGAGCUGUUCAUCUCCUCCCUCUUGUACAGUUCUUCAUCGGCUUACACUGCCAGGCUCUGCAGGAUUUGGCACUUCCUGGGGACUCGCCAACACAUUCCUCAUGCGUGAGCUCAGCAGGAGAGGCCUGCCCUGAGGACUCACUCUGCAACCUGGAAGGUUUCUCUGUGGCUUCACUUAGCAUCCUUCAGCACCUAGUAUGCCACAGCAGAGCAGUUGUCUGCCUACUACUGUCAGGAGUAGGAACUGACACUGUGUCUGGGGAAGAAAACAAGGGCCUGGUUCACAGCCAUGGUCCUGGAGAAGUGACCUCAGCCCCAGAGAGGACUGCUGAUGACCAAGACCAGCAUCCAUUAGUGAAGAUGCUUCUUCACUUGUUGGCUUUCUCUUCUGUAGCAACAGGUCACCUUCAAGCCAGCAUCCUGAGCCACUGCCUUAAGGUUUUGGUGAAAUUAGCAGAAAAUGCUGCGUUUGACUUGUUGCCCAGGUUCCAUUGUGUGUUCCGGGUGCUGCCACAGUGCCUCAGCCCAGAGACACCCUUACCCAGUGUGCUGCUGACCGUUAAGCUCCUAUCCCUCCUGGUGGAUCACGAGAAGCUUGCUCCUCAGGUCUGCUCCCACUCAGAAGGCUGCCUCCUCCUGCUGCUGUACAUGUACAUCACGUCAAGGCCUGACAAAGUGGCCUCGGAAAGACAGUGGCUCCAGCUGGAACAAGAGGUGAUAUGGCUCCUGGUCAAGCUUGGUAUGCAGAGCCCCUCCCCAGUCACUGGCUCCAGCUGCCAGUGCAACGUGGAGGCGGUGAGAGCACUCACAGUGAUGCUACACAGACAGUGGCUGACAGUGCGGAGGGCAGAGGGGCCGCUAAGGACCGAUCAGAGGCGGACAGUGCGCUGUCUACGGGACACAGUGCUGCUGCUCUACAGCCUGUCCCAAAAAGACAAGCUCUUCACUGUGCACUGCGUGGAGGUCCUGCAUCAGUAUGACCAGGUGAUGCCAGGUGUCAGCACACUGAUCCGAGGGCUCCCGGACGUGACAGACUGUGAAGAGGCAGCCCUGGAUGACCUCUGUGCUGCAGAGACAGAUGUGGAUGACACAGAGAUGGACUGUACCUGA